AUGCAGAUAAAAGCAUGGGUUGAACGAAUGCUCGAUAAAGGGAUUAUGGAAUUGCGUAGAGAAUUUAUUCAGUUGCGACUCUCGACGAAUCCAACUGAGGAUCAGUACAAGCAUUUCACUGCGAAUGCACCGUUUGGUCGUAAUCGAUACUGUGAUGUCUACUGCCUCGAUGAAUCAAGAAUCGUUUUGCGCAAUCAUCCAAGCGGAAUCGAUUACAUACAUGCCAAUUAUGUGGACACGCCAUCUACAGCACAUCGUUUCAUUUGUGCACAGGCACCAAAAGACGGAACAGUUUAUGAUUUUUGGCUGAUGAUUCUGCAAGAAAACAUCGAAAACAUUGUGAUGCUCGGUGAUUUUGUUGAAAAGGGACGAUCCAAAUGUGCUCACUACUUUCCUGAAGAAGAGAAUGUCCUAUUUGAAGUUAACGAUAUCAGUGUUGAAUGCACAACGAAGACCGCGCUGAAAGAGUUCUCAUCGAACAUCACGCAGCGGUCGUUGAAAGCAACCCGCAAUGGUAAAAUUCAUAAAGUGAAGCAUUAUCACUGGUCUGUUUGGCCUGACCAGGGUGUGCCAAAUGUCGACCAUUCGCCCUUCCGUCUUUUACAGAGGGUUCGUUCAUCGAAAUUUCCAAUUUGUAUUCAUUGCUCAGCUGGUAUCGGUCGAACUGGAAGCAUCGUAGUGAUUGAAUAUAUCUUGGAUCGACUUAAAACCAAUAAAAAUUUUGAAGAUUUAGCAGAAAUCGUGAAACAGUUGAGAAAGCAACGUGCUGGUAUCGUACAAACUGAUCUUCAAUAUCUUUAUGUGCAUCGCGUGAUGUUGAACUUUUUUAUGGACUAUAAGCUAAUCGAGAAAUCGGAACGAAUCAACAACUUCAUCCAUGACUAUGAAGAAAUAAUUCCUCGAGUGCAAUAA